UUGAUCUGCUCAAGGGUAGGAAGGCUCUACAGAGGGAUCUGGACAGGUUGGAUCGAUGGGCUGAGGCCAAUUGUAUGAGGUUCAACAAGGCCAAGUGCCGGGUCCUGCACUUGGGUCACAACAACCCCAUGCAGCGCUACAGGCUUGGGGAAGAGUGGCUGGAAAGCUGCCCGGCAGAGAAAGACCUGGGGGUGCUGGUUGACAGCCGGCUGAAUAUGAGCCAGCAGUGUGCCCAGGUGGCCAAGAAGGCCGACGGCAUCCUGGCCUGUAUCAGGAAGUGUGGCCAGCAGGAGCAGGGAGGUGAUUGUUCCCCUGUACUCGGCACUGGUGAGGCCGCACCUCGAGUACUGUGUUCAGUUUUGGGCCCUCACUACAGGAAAGACAUUGAGGUGCUGGAGCGUGUCCAGAGAAGGGCAAUGAAGCUGGUGAAGGGCCUUGAGCACGAGUCUUAUGAGGAGCGGCUGAGGGAAUUUGGAUUGUUUAGCCUGGAGAAAAGGAGGCUGAGGGGAGACCUUAUCGCUCUCUACAACUACCUGAAGGGGGGUUGUAGUGAGGUGGAUACUCGCCUCUUCUAUCAAGUAACUAGUGAUAGGAUGAGAGGAAAUGGCCUCAAGCUGUGGCAGGGGAGGUUUAGAUUGCAUAUUAGGAAAAAUUUCUUUACUGAAAGGGCUAUCAGGCAUUGGAACAGACUGCCCAGGGAAGUGGUUGAGUCACCAUCCCUGGAGGUAUUCAAAAAGCAUGUAGACAAGCCACUUCAGGACAUGGUUUAG